AUGAAGCUGCUGACUGUGUCUGCACUUCUUUGUGCAGUGAUGGACAGCAUCUUGUCGUCAAGAGAUUCCGGCACUGGUAUUUUGGUUGGAGUAGGUACGGAAACAGAUACUUCCGCUACUGUCCCUUUCACUAUAGAAGCUCAGAGACACUGUCAGUCCAUGCAUGUAAACCUGGCAUCUGUACACAGCCUUGGAGAGUACCGCAAGAUUCAGAGGGUCAUAUAUCGUUCCACUCACAGUUACCCAGUUACAUGGAUUGGAGGCUCUGAUGCUCAACAGGAGCGUUAUUGGUUUUGGAUUGAUGGAACUCCUUUUACAUACGCAUACUGGUGUCGUGGAGAGCCUAACAACAUUGGGGGCAGAGAGCACUGCCUACACAUGAACUGGACAGGACUGAAGUGUAUGAAUGACAAAUCCUGUAACUAUCGAUACCCAUUUGUCUGCGUCAAGAAAAGAAGAUAACUCCUUGUCUGACGUGAAGCUAUAGUUCACCAAACAAAGAAGCAAAUAAUCUCAAUUACCCCGGAAGAAUCUUUUUUAUAUCUUUACUCCUUUUAUUUUGCUGUAAUGCUACAUAAGGAAUGAAUCAGCAAACGCCGUAACCUGGAGCUGGAUUGUCUCUUUUAAUAGCAUCAAAAUGAAUGUGUAAUGGAAAGAAUGCUUUUAGCAAAACUUCAUUCGACUGCAUGAACUCUUCUUUCUCGCCUCCAUUAUUAAACUCUUA